GGCUGAUCUGGAGGGUGGCUUGGAUGUAGAGGAGUGUUGGCAGAGUUUCCACCCCUGAGCGCGCCGUAUAUAUAUUGAGCUCGGCAUGCCAUCACAAACACACUGGCACAGACAGGUACUGGUAAGAGAUUCACGUCCGUCGCUCUCCACAUUAAUUUAUUUUGUUAUAAUUUUGAUCCAACUUUGUCUAGAUUUUUAAAACAAACAUAAUUUUGAGAUUAGUUUAUUUAAAUGUUGGGAUAACAUAAUUAUUUGACAUUAUACAUUAAACUAUUUAACUUACAAACAAAUAGAUUAACAUGAGGACUGUUUCAAUUUAACUGCUUUUGCUGGAAUCUUUUUUAGUAGGGGACUUUUGUUUACAUACAUGAACCAGCUUCAUGCAGAAUUUAACUGCAGAUUUUCUGGCACUAUUAUUUCAUGUUUUUGCCACUAUCCUAUCAAACUGCAAACUACCCAUUGGAAUAUAAACAUUUGUAAUUAGUCUACUGGACCGUAAAACUAUGUUGUUCUCUGUACAGUUUCAUCAUAACCCAUCCGGUUCACUAUGGCCACAGACCACCAGAACCCUGCAUCCAAGCAGCAGCAGCCAGGCACCAGUGCUUUCAAGGUGAGGCGGAGAUUGGGGAGGGAGAGGCAGAGGAGGGCAGGAAAGGGGGAUGGGUAAUGGUGGGGCAAGGCAUGGUGGAUCAGGGACAAUGACACACUGCAAGGUUUUUCAAAGCAGAUGUUACGCAGUAUUCAACAUCAUUUCCCUGUACAACUUGAGAUGCCGACAGGCCGAGCACAGCAAGGAGACCUAAACAUACAUUUUGUUUCUCCCUGUCUUCCACAGUUGAUCAUCUAUGAACAGGAGAACUUCCAGGGGCGUUGCCAUGAGCUGACUGGUCCCUGUAACGACCUCCAGGAAGCAGACGUGGAGAAAGUGGGCUCCAUACUGGUGCUGUGUGGACCGUGAGUGUGGCUCAGAGAUAGUAUGAUAGAGAGAGGGAAAGAGAGAGAGGGAGUAUGAGUAAGAGUAAAAAAAAAACCAGAAAGAUAGAAAGAGACAAAAACAAAGAGGGUUAGAUAGAGGUGUGUGAUUGUUUGUAUGUGUGUGUGUGUGUCGGAGGGAGGGGUAGAUAUGGUGUGAUUAUCAAACAAUAGAAAAAAAGGGAUUGCUGAUUGGAUAAAUUAAAAUGGUUCUGUACAGGAAAACACUUCCAGAACAUUCCAUAACACAAAUAUAGUCACUGCAUUGUGCACACGGCACAGUAUGUAUAUUCACCUUUAAUCUUGUUUUUGUCAUCCUUCACUUCCCCCCCCUCCACCACCUUGUGCCCUCCUCAUCUUGACUCAUCUGUGCUUUCUCAGAUGGGUGGGAUACGAGCAGGCUAACUGUAAGGGGGAGCAGUAUGUGUUUGAGAAGGGGGAGUAUCCUCGCUGGGAUUCCUGGACCAACAGCAGACGUAGCGACAACAUCUUUGCAUUCCGCCCCAUUAAAGUGGUAACACAGCACCCCCUUUGUUACUACAACACAAAUCAGCCAUUUUCUUCAGCCAUUUUGUAGUUCUCUGUGACUGUUUCUUAUGGUGUGUUUUCUAUUCUCCUCACAGGACAGCCAGGAGCACAAGAUUGUCCUUUAUGAAAACCCCAGUUUUGCGGGGAAGAAGAUCGAGAUCAUAGAUGAUGAUGUUCCCAGCUUCCACGCACACGGAUACCAAGAGAAGGUCUCCUCUGUCAGAGUUCAGAGUGGCACGUGAGUCUGUCCGCCAACAGCAGAGUUAUAUCUGCCCCAACAUUGCCAUAUCAUAUUGCUAUUUUCUCCUAAUUACAUGUAUUGAUCUUAUCUCCACGGCUUUCUUCUUUAAAUACUUUUCUAAUUUUUUUCCUCUCCCAUUCCAUCAAUCUCACACCUCUGCUGGUUGUGUACCAGUUGGGUGGGGUACCAGUAUCCUGGCUACAGAGGCUAUCAGUACCUGUUUGAGAAGGGUGAAUACAAGGACAGUGCUGAGUUUGGUGCCCAGUUCCCUCAGAUCCAGUCCGUCAGGCGCAUCCGAGACAUGCAGUGGCACCAGAGGGGAGUUUUUCACCCUGCCGCCGGCACCAACUAAGCUUAUAUGACUCUUUCCUGCACCAAGCCCUGACCCCUGCAACCCUGCGCCUUCACACACCCCUCCCCCCUCACCUACUCAAAAUUGCAUUUUGAUGCCUAUUGCCAUUGUUUCCGUAGCACCAUCCUUUAAAGCAAACUAAUAAAUCCUUGUUGCUUACAUUUCAAGUGGU